AUGGAAUCCUCCGCAGAGCCUGGGGUGCCUUUGCCCAAAUACUGCAGCGUGGCCACAACCCUGGAGACUCCUGCCUGGACCAGCACUGCUCUUCCCUGGGACCUCUCCUUCACCUGCCCCUUUGCUCUCCAAGCACCCUGGCUCACCUGGCACAACCCCCUCACCAGCUGUGCAUCUUAUCACCCAUGUCUCCAUAUUGCUGACCCAGCAUGGCAGGGGCCUGGCUGGCUGGGAAGAGUUGGAGACGCUGCUGACACAUGGGUCCUGGCAAGAAGGGAACCAGAUGGCUAUUAUUACUGGGGUCAGAUAAAGGCUGCUCCAGAGCUGGAGAGGCUGGGGGCCCUGCUUGUGGAAUUUGAGACCCCCCUUGUCACAGGCUCAAAGCUGCCAGCCCAGCGGCAGAGCGUGAUCUUAGGGGAAGAUGUCAUUCAGUUCUCACCAUCCACAAAAUACUCACUGCAACCUGGGGACAAGGUGCUGGCACCCUGGGAGCCAGACCGACGGCGGUAUGGCCCUGCCACUGUAUUGGGCUUGGAGGCGAGAGACCCCCAGAGAGCAUGGAAAGAAGAAGAAAUUACUGUUCACUUCUGGAAUGGCAAGAUAGCUACAGUGCCUCUAGGUGGGGUCAGGUGGGUGCCCCCGGCUGUCUGGAAGAAGGCUGUGGAGAGGCUACACAAGCCUUUCACCAGGGAGCACCCCAGUCCCCUCCUCUGGGCCCCUUGCUGCUCUCUGCUGGGGCCGAUCACUGGAUGUGUCACCAAUGGUCUUCCACUGGGCACCCCGUUCCUGUGCCCUCCCUGCCACCCCAAUGCCUGCUGCCAGCUGCUGUACCAGGGCUGCCUCUGCUGCUGCCCCUCGGCUGGAUCCAGCUGGUGGCCUCUAACCAGAACCUCUGGGGUCACAGCCAGAGAACAUCCAGAGGCGGAGCUGAAGCCCACAGCACAGCUCUUACCCCUGGAGGGUCCUAAAGAGGAGGGAGUCACUGUACAAGCUCCCAUGGCUGUUUCUUCCUCCUCCUCCAACUCUUCUGAAGAGGAUUUGGAGAAUGAUCUGGAGAUGGGCUUCCCUCAGAGGCUGAUGGUGGACAGCACAGUCAACACAGACCCCAUCCUUCUUGAGAAGUCUCCGAGGAGGCAAGGUGACCUCCAUCAGCCUGAGUGGAGGCACUGGAGGAGAAACGGGCCUGAGCCGCAUCCUGGGAAGCCAGGAACAAGAUGUUCCAACAUCUGGAAAGAAGAGAAAGGCAACAAACAACAGAGAGACCAAACCGUAGCAGUGGGGAGUACCAAGGAACUGGUCCUGGAAGCAACCAACGUGACGCCACCCCAGGGCCUGCCAGAGGAAGCGGAACACAGGAAACUGAGUCAGGGUACCAAGACACGUCAGGGGGACCGGAAUUCCUCUUAGGCUAACAGCCCAGAGGACCUAGGUAAAGCACCAUGGCUGAGAAGGGGCUUCCUAAAGGCGCAUUCCAUGGUUCUUUGAACUUCUGGGAUCACGCUCCUUUGAAAAUAAAACCCAUGGCUCCUCUUCCCAGAAAAAUGCACAUAGCCACAAUUUUGCAUAUCAUUUCAGAAGGCUUACAGAAUGCAUAAAGGUCACCAUUGGCUUCUUGGGGGGCGGGGGUAAAGAUCCCUGUUUAAAUGACCCUCUACCCUGUGGUGAUGGGAAUGAGUCUGGUUUACAUGCCCUAUGUCCAUGGGAGUCUGUUCCUCACUAGGAAUGCUAUCAUUGCUCCACCAAAAACUGUCCUUUUUAAAAUACUGGCAUUCUUCCUGAGGAAAGACCUGUUAUGUUCCAAAUGAGAUUUCCAGGCAACUGAACAGAGAGAUGCAACAAUACUGUUGGUGGCAUAGCUCAGAGGAGUUUAGGACACAUCAACGUGUUUUUGGAAUCAGUGACUUUUGAUCCUUACAAGUACAGUCAGCAUAAGACUCUCAGGAUUUUUUUCUCUUAUAGGAAGUUAAAGAGUAGUGAUGGCAGAUACCUGAGGAAGAGUUACAAAGUGGCUGACAAAGCCUUCUUCAGUGGAAGGAGGUACAGUGCAGGCCACAGAUGACAGCCAAAUAAGCAGCAGCAUCUUCACCACAAUAAGACUUCCCUGCAGAUGGGUGGCAGGAAAGCAUUUGUCAGAAGGGGCAAAGGAGUGUGGUGGGCCUGGCCGGGGCUCCCUGCCAAGGGCCUGGUAAGA